UAAACUAGAAAGCCCAGAGCCUUCGUCACGCAUCCACACUCGCUGCUGCUCCAAUUUAAUUUACAUUUGUAACACAGCGGGGAGAACUGCAAUGGCGUCGGCUACGGUGGGUCAGCACCGCUUUCAACAUAUCAUAGACAAAGACCAGGAGCUGUUUCUUAAUCGGCUGUCUGCUAGCGAGAAGAAAAGGAUCCUGAGGAAAUCUUCUAACGAGAAGAAGCGGACAGUGACCACAGCAGCAUCCCUGGAUCAUUUGCAUCCUCCUCCAAACAUUGUGGCGCAAGGAAACCGGGAAGGCAAUGUCGUGCUACAAUCAUGCAAAAGGAUCAAUGUUGUGGUUAAUGACCAUACAAACUGUUUUGAAUAUGCAGAUUUGACAGGGACACGUUCAUCCGCGGCCGCUGCGGAAGUGCUAUUGAAACAGAAUAACAUCAGGGUCCAGACAAACGAGGGGCAUCUUAACACGAACGGAAUAGUUUGUAAAAGUGGUGCCAGUGCAAAAUGUUUGACACCCUGCACGCAAAACGGACGUAACCCGCAUGUUCUGCCGAACGGUGCUAAAGAACCAGAGUCAAGUUCUGUUAUGAAUGGUCAGAACUUUCAGAGGUGUUCCAGGCGGUCAUCGCAAGUGACGUUACAUCAAGACGUGGAUUUCAGCUCUCUGAGCGAGGAAAACGGGUUUGGUGCACACAGCAUCAACAGUAGUAACACUAGCAGCCGUAACAAGAUGCCGAUCUUAACCCAAGGGAGAUCGGGAGUGGUGAAGAUGAUGAGACACGAGCCGCCGCGGAGGGAGGCAUGGUCCAUCUUUGGACAGGAGGACCCGAGAGUGAAGAAGGAGAAGGGAGAGGGGCACUGCUUCAGCCUGACCUCGGUCACUCACGACUGGUGCGAUGCGUGUAAUCGCCAGGUGAGCUCUCAAGGGCUCAGGUGUAAAAACUGCAGCUACACUUGUCAUCAGGAAUGCCAGAGUCUCAUUCAACUGGACUGUAACCAACAGGAGAAACAAUUGGAGGAUAAGCCCUCUCCAGGGAGCCCUGUGCUGCAGAGGAGAGCCAAGAAUGUCACUCAACCCCAACCCCAACAACCACAACAACAUGAAGAAAAACCAAAGGUCCUUUCAGAGGAGGAGAUCAAGAGGAAGAUAGAGGAGUACAACUCCAAAGUGUCGGACUGCUUUGGAAUGAAACUGGGUGAGGACGGCAUCUACACAGGGUUCAUCAAGGUGAACCUGAAGCUGCGGCGGCCUGUGACCGUCCCGGCAGAGGUGCAUCCCACAGCGGCCAACCAGACCCCAGGCUUGGACAAGAAGACCUCCUUCUACCUGCCCCUGGACGCGGUCAAGCAGCUGCACAUCAGCAGCACAACGACAGUGAGCGAGGUCAUCCAGGGCCUGCUCAACAAGUUCAUGGUCAUAGACCAUCCCAAGAAAUUUGCACUUUACCGGCAGACGCACCGCGAUGGCCAAGAUCUCUUUCAGAAGCUGCCGGUCUCAGAUCACCCGCUGUUGCUGAGGCUGCUUAGUGGCCCUGACGCAGACCUGCUGACUUUUGUACUGAAAGAAAACGAGACGGGGGAUGUGGAGUGGCAUGCCUUCUCAGUCCCAGAGCUGCAGAACUUCCUAACGAUACUUGAGAAAGAGGAACAGGACAGGAUCAAGCAGGUGCAAAAGAAAUACGUUUUGUAUCGAAAAAAACUGGAGCAGGCUUUAAAAGAGGCAGGAGAGAAGCCUGGAUAAGCGAAACUGGAGACCAAAAACAAAAAGAAACUGGAAUAGACGUUCAUUUGAAAACGUUCCACUCAGGACACUUUCUGCUGGUCUCUUUACGAGGGGAAACUGAAGGUAAAAGCCAGAAGAGGUUGGAAGCGUACUUUUAAACAUGCUGGCGGGACUGUGCCAGUUACGACCACCCUUGGAUUAUAUGCUGAGGGUUUCUGGAUAGACCGUGUACAAUGCUGCUGCUGCUGCUACUGCUACAAGUGCUACUUAGCAUGAGUUUUAUGAUUACGCUGGGUUACGUUUGCAUGACUUUCUGCCAGUGUUGUGCGAUGGGGAAACAGAAGUCUUUGUUUUAAACUAAGAAUCAUUUUUAAAGGAUUUUAAUGCUUCGGAAAUCGAUAUAGAAGGCUUUCUUAAAUGGAGCAUGGUAGAUCUAGACUAUAGCCAGUAAAAUCCCACUAUUUCCACUGGCUUCCCCAAAUCCCUGAUGCUGAGAAUGGAAAAGGCCAGGAUGCCACAAACUAUUAAUAAUUAUACGGUACUCUACUUUAGGUUUGUGAGUCCGUUUCUCCUUUGAUACGCUGAGAAACUCAAGUUUAUUUAAGAAGUAGAAGAUUAGGUGCGCUGCCUAAAAAGGUACCUUACAGUUGCAUGAUUUCAUGGUUAUUCAUAGUACUGAGAGGCUGUUGUGGAAUCACAGAUUGGACAAAUCCACGUCAGUUUUGCCUUGCUUAGCUGACUAGAUCCUUUUGAUCUGUGCUCAAACCUGCUGUGUGUUUGUUGUGUGAGAUUUGGAGCUUUGAACCAGAUUACAAGGCACAGUACCCAAAUGAAGUUCAGAUUCCUUAAAUGGUACUCUCUGUCUAACAAAAUAUUCAGCGCACGACACAAGGCUGGGGGCGAUGCUUCUUUGAGCACUUAUUCAGUUCAUGGCCUUUUCCAGUUUUGGCCAUGAGUAAGAAGUACUGUGAAUCACAGGAAGAAAAAAGACAACACCAGAAGCAUUGCAGUAUUUUACCACUGCCACAUUAAGCCAUUUGUGAUUAAACCAAAACCCAAACUGCAUGGGCAUUAUUAGGUUCUGUAAUACCUUCUCUCCCCACCAGAGGGCUUGUCCAAGCUGAAGUGACUGAAUCAACGGGUUAACUGCCACACUAAGCCAACGUACAAACACUAGUCAUCCAAAGUCAGUGUCUGUAUGUAUUUCAUGCAUACCCUGGUGCCUAAUUAAAAAUGAUCACGUUUAAACACGUUCCAUAAUAUAUAAAACAGUAUGAGGCUUGUAUAGUAUCUGUCGUUGUCAGCUCUGUUUAGCGAGGAGCUAAACAGAUUCUAAUCUACAGCCUUGAGUGGAUACCAGUCUGCUGGGACAAAUUACACAGUAAAGGGACCUCUCAGGAUAAAAUAAAUCCACUACCCCAUCCACUUACCUUAAAUAAAUCAGAGAAGCCCAUAUUGUAUAAAUAUUAUGUUCUGAACAUGAAGAGUUAUGUGAUGACUAACAAGCAAUGUUUGUCCCAGCACUAGUUUAUAUUGAAUUUAAUUGAAGCCCUGUGCUCGUACAACUAGACCAGGAAUUGCCUUUCUAUACACUGUACUGCCUCCCAGUACCACACAGGAGAGGGUUUUUUUUUUUUUUUUUGACGCUUCUGUGUAUGUUUCAAGUUUGCAAGCUCGGCACUCAGAGUAACGAAACUGCAGUGUUACGAAGGCUGUGAAUCUACUUUUAAUGGAGUAAACAGUCACGUCCUUUCUGUAAACGGCUCUUUAUCUCAUUAAUACUAGCACAUGUUUAGUUAUUGUAUUUUAUCUUUGUACCUGUUUCAAAUGUUCUAUUCAUUUUCAAAUGCAGUAUUAAAAGCACAUGGAUGUACAAAAGAUCAGAAUACUGUAAAUCACGACCCGUUUAAAAAAAAGUUAUUUUCUUAAUAGUACUGUACAUACAGUACAUUAGAUGUUUAGUACCCCCUCCUUUUAUACCUUUUAAGCUGGGCUGUAUCUCUUUCACGGUAAAAAAAAAAUUGCUUAUUUCACAUUUCAUGGUCUAAAAACAUCAGUAGAUAUUUCACAAUAUAUCACGAUUUAAGCAUAUUUAUUAAAGCAGAAAAAAUAGCGUGGUCACAUUUGAAUUUGAUCAUUUUUCUCUCGAGUUAUCAACAAAUGUUCCUAAAUAUUUGCAUUCUCGAAAAACUAUAAAUACUAAAUUGUCGAAUAUAUUCAUUUUUUAUGUCCACCUUUUAAAGACAUUUUAUUUUUCAGCAGCAGUGAAUUAUCAAACACAAUAAAAACAGAAAUGCAUGUGAAAAUAACAGCAGACAUGUGAAACGUCCCCUUGUCCUAGACAGAGCGAUCUUUCUUUAGCAGAAAUAUUUCCCAUCUUUGAUGCAGCUGGUGUCUUUUUCGUUGAAGACAUUUUAAAGAAAUCGUGCAGCGCUAUGCCGUGUGUGUUCAAUCAUUUACCGGAAGCAAACUAAACCAGCUACCAGGUCAAUAAGACAAACGUUUGCUGUAUUUAUUUUUAAGUGCUAAAACAAAAAUUAAUUUUCACAGGAACUACACAUUACACGGCAAUGGGUACAUUUCACAAAAACUGUGAAAUCUGUGGUAACUGGGAAAAAAAUACAGCCUUACUUUUAAGGGUUUACAGCCUUAGUUCUUACUGCAGGCAGUGCCUUUCGGUUUUGUGUUGCUUGGUGUGACUGUACAAAUAAAACUUAUUACAAGCUGUAAAAAAAAAAAAAGAAAAAAAAGAAAGAAAAGAAAACGUCA